CUAUUGGUACAGCGAAUUAAGGAUAUUCCAAGCCUCAGACUGCACACAAACUGUUUGAUGAUUUGUUUCAAAGAGCCCUCACAUUCAUAUACCUCUUAAUUGUUCUUUUAUCUAUUCGUGUUCAACAAAAUCUUUAAGUGGGUUCAGUUAACCGCAUUCCGAGUUCUUAUUUUCGUUUGAACUUUAUCUACAGGUAGAAGCUGGGUACCCUGCCUGCUUUACCACAUUGAAGACCAAUUGUCUUUGAAGUUUGUGGAAGAUGCUUAUAAAACGUCUCUUUUCAUCUUCACAUGCCUUAUCCUCGUCUUCGAAUUUGCUUAAAAUCGGAAGCGUUUUGAAGCAAGCUAGGACAUUUACAGAUGAUGAUGUUCUUGGGUAUUCUAAGCUGACCCAUGACGCCAAUCCAUUGCACUUUGAUGCUGAAUGCGCCAAGAAUGCUGGUUUCAGUGACUGCCUUGUUCCUGGGAUGCUUGUUGCGUCCUUAUUUCCCAGGAUUAUUGCUGCCCAUUUUCCAGGAGCUAUAUAUGUUUCACAAACCUUGCACUUCAAAUUACCUGUUUAUAUAGGAGACGAGAUCAUUGCUGAGGUACAGGCAGUAAGCAUCAGACAAAUCAAAAACAAGUACAUCGCAAAACUGUCAACAAAAUGUAUCAAAUGUGAUGGUGGUCUGGUUAUAGAUGGUGAAGCAACAGCAAUGUUACCAUCUCUGGCCAUGGAACCACCAAACUUGGCAGUUACUUCCACCUAAUCGGUAACAUCUUUGCUUGUCAGCUGAAACGUUCUAGAGCUGCACGAGCUUCUCUUAAGAGAAAUACGAAGGGAAUAUCCCUGAGUAUUGCCAAUCCUGGAUCAUUUGCAUUGACAAGUUCUACAGCAUAUAUGUCAUUCAGUUCAAAGUCUUUUAAGUUUUCGUAGUAAUUAGCAAAUGCUCAUACUUUGUUGUUAACAUUUGACUCUGGUACUUGCUGCCAAACAAUGUCCUUGCACUAAAACUGUCAUUUGAGCCUGAAAGCUUUGAGAUGUAAAAUCUUUAUGGAGUCUUGAAUUUCGAUUC